AUGAUUGAACCCUCUUUGAGCCUUUCAUUCUUUUACCCUUUCCUGGAUCAGGGAUCAGUUGAUGAAAACGCAGUGGGGGUUCUGGUUUUUAAAUUGUCAGUAACUGAUAAAGAUGAACCAAACAGCCCAGCAUGGAACGCCAAGUUCAAGAUUAUCAGAGGAGAUCCUGAUAAUUUGUUUUCCAUAGAAACAGGAACCUACAAACAAGAAGGAAUCAUUAAAACUGCUAAGGGACUGGACUUUGAGAAAAGCAGAACACACACUCUGGAGGUUAUUGCGGAGAACGACGUCCCUUUUGCCAUUCCACUGACCACCUCCACCGCCACAGUGGUGGUGACCGUGAAGGACGUCAAUGAGCCUCCGAUCUUUAAAGAAAAGGAGAUGACCGUUCAAAAGCCUGAGGACGUUCCUGUGGACUGUGUGAUCAUUAAGUCUGAGGCAGAAGACCCAGACCUUGCACGUGAAAAUGCUAUCAAGUAUAAAAUAAUUGAUGACCCUGAUAACUGGCUGACAGUGGACGAGGAUUCAGGGCUGGUGAAGGUGAAAAGCCUCAUGGACAGAGAGUCCCCUAAUGUGAAGGAGAAUAAAUACACGGCGCUCCUUGGUGCUUAUGAUAACGAUCCAGUCCCAGCCACAGGAACUGGAACCCUGGUCAUUAUACUUGAAGAUGUUAAUGAUAACCCUCCAUUCAUUGAAGAGCGUAACAUCACGGUUUGCAAGGAUGCCUCAGCUCCUGUGCUGUUAACUGUAACAGACAGAGAUGGACCUCUUCAUUCUGCUCCAUACAAUGUGAUGGUACAUGAAGCAUCCAAACCCAAAUGGAGCGCUCAGAUGAACAGUAACAAGACCAAAGUUGAACUGGUUUUAAAAUCCAGUGUGUUGAGUGGAACUUACCAAGUGAUCCUGAGGGUUUCAGAUACUGAUGGUUUGGAGCAGAACUGCACCAUACAAGCUAAAGUGUGCAACUGUGUGGAUGCCCCAUUAAGGAAUAGUUGGGGGGUGAAGGAGCAGACCAUCAGGGGAGUAGUUGGAGGAAUCCUGCUGUUAUCCAUGGUUCUGGCAGUGCUGUUUGUUUCCAGAUGGAGAAGAGCAAAGGGGCAAGGGGAGCAACACCUACAAAGUAUUGAAUGGAGAAGACAAUCAGAUACAGAAUUGCAGGAUUAACUGUUGCUGGUCCAAGCAAUAUCUGAUGUGUUUUCUGGUGUGUGUCGUCCUCACACCCCAAUUCAAAGCUAAAGACAGCUUGAUCCCUUUUGUUUUUUCUUUAAUCGUAAACAUCUUUCCAGUGUUAGGAUUUUUUAGUACACAGUAAUUGUUGCACCUAAUUUUCAAAGUUUGAUAUAACGCUUUUAAUCUUUUUUUUUGUUCUUGGAUUUAUAAAAUGUUCGUAAUUUCAUUCGUAAAAUACUUUUUAACAUUUUAGAUGAAAAUCAGGCCAGGCAUCACAUCAAUGAAGAUCUACCGAACAAAAUAUUUAUGGACGAUGGUUCCUGUUGUGCCUUGUAAAUAGUUUUAAAGGCUCUUUAAAGUUUCAUUGUUGACAAAAGAUUGUACUGGCACUGAUAUAUGCUACAUAAAAGUCAUCCUUUUUGCAGACGAUCUGCUUGGCUUCAGAAACUUGGCCGUUUACCACUUUUAGCUUGUUUAUUUAUUCUAUCAUUUUGGCAAUGUAUUAAAUUUGUAUAUCAUCUGAAACAGUUUGGUAAAAAUGAUUGCAGAAUUGUUCAUUCAUGAGCUAAAGACACUCUUCCACUGUGAAUAUUCUGUUUUGAAGCAUACAUGCAGUUUAAAAUGCAACAGUUGCAGAAGUACAAAAAAAUAUUACAGCUAAAAACAAAAAAUUAGUUGGGUAAACUCAAUGUUGGAAUAAUGUACAUAAGUUAUCUCAUAUUUGCUUUUGUUUGCAGAAAUGUCUGUGUCCAAAUCUUCUUCUCAGGGAGGUGGAGGUGAAACCCUUGGGGGAAGGCGAUUAUCUUUUUGUCUCUUUUCUGCAUUCUCCUGGGAACCUGUGUUAGCUGUGUCUAGAAUUCUACGAACGACGUUCUGUGUUGAGUUUAUCCGUGUGUAAAGGUUUCGCAGGUCCAAAGAUGCUGUGGGAACGCUGCAGAAGACAGACAUGUCGUAAUUGAUGUUUUAUGUUUGUGCCUUCUUGUUCCCCCUCCUUAGAGCUCAGCGCAUAUGUAAAAUAGGGAAUCCCGACAAAGUUAAUAAAAGAGGAGGCAACAGAAAUAUUGCGCCAGAGCGGAGAGAGAUUGUUACUGGGCAUUAUUCUCUGUUCGUUCUCCUCGUAAAAAGGUA